GAUAGUCAGCGUCUUCCCUCCUGAUGUGGGAGGUGAUCCACACGCGACGCUGAGGCAGCCACGCACGCAGAAUCAGUUUUCUACUGGGGUAGCCACUGGGCUAGAUGUCUAGACUCCAUUCUCCGAUGCAUAAUUCGUGUAGUCUCCAACUGUUCUCAAAAUCACUGCCGUUUUUUCCCUAGCGUAUAGCAGAGCCACAAGUGGUAGGGAAGGACAGACAAAAACAGGGAGAAUAGUGUUUUGCUGCAGCUUUACUAACAGUGGGAAUUAACUUUAAUAUAAGCGAAAAUAGCGGAGAAUGACCUCUUCUAGCAAGCGCAAAUACUGCAAAAUGGCAUUCAAAAACAGCUGAAAACACAAAGAAUAAUACCUCUCUCAUUAAGGGUGAUUGCAGGAAUAGCCCCUCAAGCUCAUCAACACCAAGUCUUUGCUCAGACAGAAGUGAGAGACAAAGUACAGACAAACAAACAGGCAAAGAAUAUGCAGACAGGCAAGAAGGCGAAGAGCUGACUGACGACUGUGCCCUUCAACAGGUGAAUAAGUGAAGACAAUGAAACAAAGGAGACAAACACUGCACUUUCCUUCUCCUUAUUGCCAUUCCGCAUGAAGGUAAAGCCUCCUGUCCCAUUAUCUCAUUGACAGGUAACAAGCACCAGGAGUGCAUAAUUUAUCGUGCCACGUCAGCCCUGCACCUGCCAUGAGGCUUUCUGAAGGGUGCCUGCUCGCCACCAGCCUUCUUCUCACGUUCGCCCACGAUGCUGACGGCGCCCCUCCUCAGGUUCAUCUGCCGCACAACGUUAUGGAGGAUGCGGAGACUAGUCAAGCCAUGACGACUGGCAACCGUCUGCUCCUGUGCGCGGAUCGCCGUGCAGACUGCCUCGUGCUGGCGCACGUGCUGCGUGACCCGCUGGUGCAAGAGAUGGUGCUGGAGGAUCUGGCCACAAUUCGCAGCAGGAUCGAGAAGUAUUUAGAGCAGAAAGCCCACUUGCAGAAAAGGACUUUCGAUUCUAUUUCCAGGAACACCGGCUUUGGAAGCACUAACCGUAAUUCCUGGGCAUCCUCUGGCAAUGAUCACCUGGCUUUCACCUUCGAGUCGUUGUUCCCAGCUAUCGCGCGAGGACUGAGGAGCACAAACUGAACAGCACCCGUUAUCUACUCGGGUGGACUUUUCUUGAAGCCUGGGUUGAUUCGCCUGAUGACGCAAAGAAUGAAAAAGAAGCAAAAUAACAUUUCAGUUAAAUUCUGGUAGCCUGCAAUGUCCUCGUAGUAAGGACCAUGGACACGUCACCGUCAACAUCCUCGCUACAUCAUCGACGACGUCUUCUUCCGACGCUCCUUUACUAUGUGUCCUCAUAGCUACUGCUUCUCUCUCUCUCUCCUGCUCGUAAAAACCCAAAUAAAAAAUAAAUAUCAAUCACAA